GUUGGAGGCUCUCUGUUGGUAGUCACGUGUGCUCUUUCUAGCUCCUUUCUAGGACCGCUUGGACAGCUAGGCGUUUUGGCAGAGAAUGGAUCCUUGUAUCCUUAGCUCUAUAUCUUUGAACUGGCCCCUUCCACAUUCUGACAAGUUGCUCUGCGAUUCUGUAAAGUGGGCCGAGUCUGCUUGCCCAGGGGGAGAUUUGAACGUGCUGAGCUAAGCCCGCUCCUUUCUUCAUGACGCAUUGAGUAAUCUGAAUCUGGUGCCAGCUGGCGACAUGACUGCAGCUGUGACUAGGCCUCUGGGGCCGCAGACUGGGAAGUGGCAUGGGCCAAUGGAGGAGCUGCUCUCCGACUUCGUAGCGGAGCCAAAGAAGGUGGUCAACACCCUGACCAACAACCGUGUCUACAGCAAAGUUGGCAGCAACACAUUCUUUGAGGUCAGCCCCCCCAUUGUCCAUUUCGGGGGCUAUGUCGUGGGCCAGACACACCGCCAGGUGGUGCGCAUCAUCAACUGCUCGGGGUGCAGCCGGCGCGUCACAGUCAUCCCCCCCGCCACACCCUUCUUUUCCGUGCACUUCACCAAAAAGGGCCUGCUCGCCCCGGGCAUGGCGGAGGAGCUCACGGUGGAGUUUCGGCCGCAAGAAUGGCAAUACUACCAUGACGUCAUCAAGCUGCACACGGAGGACGAGAACCUGAUCGUCCCGCUGCACGGGUACCCCGUCCUCAACCAGGUCGUCUUUCCCAAGCGGGUGGACCUCGGCUACUGUGACCUGGGGGACUGCCGGGUACGAGAAGUUCGGCUGGAAUGCGAAGUGCCUAUCCAGUUCGAGUUCGAGCUCACAGUGGCCAACCCCCUGCCGGAGCUCAGCAUCAGCCCCUCCAAAGGUCUCGUUCCUGCCAACGGCCACGUCAGCAUCCAGGUCCGCUUCGCGCCGGCGCGCCCGAUGACGUACUCAAUCGACGUCCAAGUACGGGUCGCCCAGUUUAACUUCGUGCCGUUUGUCGCAACCAUUGUGGGGACUGGCGUGACUGGAGAAACUAGGACAAGGUUGCUUCUCGAAGAACUAGAGCGGGACGUCGGCCCGGGGAGUCCAACCGGGGCUGCGCAGAGCCCGAGUCUAGCUCUGGAAACACUGAAGAAAGCCCUAAAGCCCAAGUGGUCGGGGGGAGGGGCCGGGGGAGGCGACGCCUUCACGCGGGCCAAGGCCAAGGCUGACCGCGAGACCGCACGAUUGCAGCGGAGCACCGGCGCAGCGCCCAAGGCAAUGGGACACGUGGCGGAUGAUGACGAGGUCGAGGAGGAGAUCGACGGCCUGCGGCUCCCGUACGAUCUCAACUCCCACGCAGCGGUCUCGUACGUCCUUCAACAGCAGCCCGGCAAGCUCCGCAUCAAGGACCUCAAGGCGGCCAUCGAGCGGCAGCGGCAGGACCGCGCGCGCAUGCAGGCCGUCACGGCCUCGGGCAAGGCGUCGGGCCGCGCGGGGCUGGGCGUGCUGGACGACGCGGCAGCGAGCGCACAGGUGAAGCGCGCGGUGUUCGAGGCGGAGCUCAAGGAGAAGCUGCGGGCGGACCGGGAAAAGGAGCUGCGCUUCUGCGUCGCGCUCGGGGAAGACCUGCUCACGGAAGCCCAGAUCGAAGCGGUGAAGCGAGCCCGGCUGGCGGCAGCGGCCGCGCAAGACGAGCUCACGGCCGCGGAGGCGCGGGAGCGGCGCGCCGUCGCGGUGAACCGGGACGGCCAGAGGGCGACGCGUGUCCUCGGGGAGGACCUCUUGCGCGGGCACGUGCCCGACUGGAAUGUUUACAAGAGCGACACGUGGCACAAGCGGGCGCAGGCGCUGGAGAAGUUUAUUCACACGGUCCGCACGGUCAUCUACCGGAACCGCGCGCAGCGCCGCUUGAGCGCCCUCCAGUCGUGCAUACGGGAAGCCGGGGGAACGAGUUCCGGCGUCGCUGCCCUAGUCGACGGAAGCCGGAGCACCAACCCAGCUCUAAACGUUGGCGGUUUCAACGAAAGCGUCUCGGCGAUUCUGGAUACUGGUCGAUGGGUGAUUCAGGACGGCCGCUUUCCAGACCGGCGGGAGGAAGGGAGUGCCCGGGAGUAUGCCCCGGUGGAAGUUCCUGAGGUGGCAGAGUUCGACGCGCUCGAGCCGCUGCCGCUGAAGGAGCCCCUCCGUUGCAAUCUGAUGGGGUACAAACCGCAGCCUUUCCCACCCAUCAGCAGCCACGUGCCCCUCAUGCAGCACCAGCCUCUGCUCGGGGGGGCAGAGGAAGAGAACUUCCUGCCUGGUCCUGCGUACAUCCUACCGCCCUCAGUUGCGGACCACCCUCUUCCGGACGUCCUUAAACCCUUAAACCCCGCCUCCAUCCCCGCGACCGCCAUGCUCGACCCGCCCGCGCUCGCGCCUAUGCUCCCCUCCUGGGGACGGGAUCUCGACCACCUCAUCCGACCGGUAGAACAGCCGUACCACGACUCGCUGACGUCACAAGAAGUAGGCUCCGCGAGCGCGGUCGCGCUGUUACCUGGGCCGACGAGCCUGAGCGGCGAAAGGAAGGGUUCCAGGGUUUGGGGUUUACGGGCGGUCGCGGCGGUGCCGCCGCUGAUGACGGGGCCCGACGCGCGGGACGCGAUGAGCGAUCCGAAGGAGGAGGCGGAGCCGGGGAACGGAACGGAACGGUUGCUGCCCACAGCUGAGGAGAUCCGCCGGGAGUUCUUCCUCCCACCUGCGCGGUUUCCGGCAACGUUGAAUUCUGAAGAGGGGGGGAGUGCAGAGGGGGGAAGUGGGAGGGGGGGAGGAGAGGGGACUGAAGCUUCGGCGGGGCAAGCUAGGUUGGUCUUCCCGAAUCUGAAGGCCGAGGCUGAGCUGAAUACGCUGCUCGCAGGGAGGCGCGAGGGGAGCGUUGCGGCUCUUCGGAAUAGGACUAUGCAGAUGAACAGUUUGCUGAAGGACCCGCGGCAAAAGCUGACAGGGCUGUAGCAAGAAAAGAUUCAUUGCUUUUACAAAAACAGUUGUGCUACUUGCUGGUUGCACAAUCUUCAGCCGCCUCAGACUUGCCAGGCAGUGGCGGAAUUUGCGUCGUCCAAAGUGCACGGGCACCCGUGCGAACCGCAGGUGCAGCCAAUCCACUCUGGUCACUCAAAAUCUCGGAGGCUAUGUCCUUUGAAGCAUGGACCAUGAGUCACUUUCUCGGGAACAUGUGUACACUGAGAUUAUAAGAAAGUGUUAUUGC